UGCAUAAAUGCAACUGUUUGCAUGGUUAUGAAAAGGGCUCGGAAACCAAUAAAGAGGAAGUUGUCAUGAAAUGUGCCCUGCAGUUCUUUUGUUGGAGCUUGGGUGGUGCUUUGCACCCCUCCCGCCCUCUCUCUCGCCCUCCCUCUCUCUAUUCCCAGUAAUCAGCACCACCUGUCAUCAAUCAGCCUGCAUAAAGGCCUGCCAGAUCCAAGACUCCAAUUCCAGAGUAUUAACGUUCAAUGAGCCCACAACUCCAAGCUCACCUGUCAUCCCGCCAUCAUCCGUACCAUCCAUUUCAACCAGCAACAUUUCCGGUGGCCCACCCUGGUCAAUUCGUCCAAGCCUGCGCCGUCUAUGUCCGAGGGAAGACUUCACACCUGCCCCCAGCUGGUCUGCUGAGCCCCUUACCCAUCCCGAGCCGCCCUUAGUCCCACAUCGCCUUGGACUUCGUUACCGGCCUACCCCCUUCAGAAGUGCUCCUUCUCUGUUUCCAGCUGUGCUGACCUCCUCCACCAUGGCCCCAAGCCAUCCACCUGCUCACGCCACCGCCUGCCGCACGUUCCCUGUCCCGACUACCUGCCAAUACACCCCAGGGAUCCAACUUGAUAUCCUCUUCAAUAAACAUUUCACCACAACCCUGUCAGCCUCCGCUUGCUUCUGGGUCCAGUUAAAACCUUAACGUGACAGAAGUAAAACUUGCUCCUAGAAUGGGAGGGAAAUUUUGCACCACUUUCGAAUAUUGAUUAAUCUCUAUUAAUCAUAGAUGAAAAAUGUACCACAUUUUGCUUUGUUAUGAUAUUUUAAACUUGUUGUGCUUCUAUGAAAAGAGACUUAAGCACUGCAUUAUAUGCAAAUUACCUUGUUUUUUUAAAAGACCCAUUGGGGGGGACUUUUGAAGCAAAAUUUGCCGCCAAGCACACCCAUCAGUUCCCUUACUCAUUUUUGCACUGGUGAUGCGUUGACCCGAUCACUGACAUAACAACCUGCGCCGCAAUUCAGAUAUC